GCCGCGCCGCAGAGCCCGGCGGAAGGAGGCGGAGGAGGGAGCGAAGCUGCUCAGCCCUGCCCCGCCGGUGUGAGCUGCUGUUGCUGCCGCCGCUGCUGCCGCCACCGCGGGGAGCGUGUGCCGCCCGGCCCCGCUGCGCACAGGUAACCGCGGAGAAGGAGGCGCGGAGUAGCCCAACCCAGCCCAGCCUGCCCUGGCCGCAAUGCUGCGGGCCGAGCUGACCUGCCGGGGCCGCGGCUGCUGCCACUGACAGCGGAGCCUGCGCCGGGACGCAGAUUUUCCGCGCUUUGUGUUUAUUGUGCCGCUCUUGAGAUACCGCUAUCCUCCUGCCAAGGGCUGCGGGCAGGUCCUGUCUGGCUGUUGUGGAUUUUUACCCGUCUAUCUUCAUUGCGUGUCUGAGAGUAUAUUUGUUUUUAAUAAAAGAAAAAGUUGCUCCAUAAAUCCGCUUCAUAUCACCUUUCCCAUUUUGUGGAGUCCGCCGUGUUUCUGCAAUUAAAAGUUUACUCCCCUCCCUCCAGUUUUAUUGACACUGAGGAUGAAGAAGGAUUUGCAAAUGAAAUCGCCUUGAAGUACAUCUUUUGGAGAGAGCUCUGCAGUUUGCCUGUUGAGUCCUGAAUUCCACCCUUUGCCCUUGCUGAAUCCACUGUUCUGCCCUUUACUCUCCGGGGUAAAAAAAACCCCAAACAACAACAAAAACUUGAGGGGGAAAAAUACCUUUGGCAGCAGGGAAGCUUUGUGUGACUGACCCAACGAGCUACAAGUGUCCAGUUUCUGAAAAGAAGAAAACCCUUUUGUCUUCAACAGAUCAGUAGCUCUGUACCCACUUAUCCAGGGCCAGAGUUUCAUUGCUGCCAGCCUUUUGUGCAAGGAAAAGGCUUAUGGAAUUUUAUGGAUCUGGAAGCAGGGAGAAGUAUAUUGUUCCCUGUGUGAAGACAGAGCAUCCUCCAGCAGAAGGAUCUGGCUGUUUGUGUGAAUUAUUUUGGAAGUGAAGAGAGUGUCAAGUGAUCUGGCCUAAAGAAGAGGAGAUUGAAGCUAUCUCUGGGUGGAAAGCUUGGACUUGCAGGAGGAAGGCUGUGUGCAUCUCCUCAUGUGGCGGAACUGUUCCUUCUUACCAAGGAACUCAAAGUGAAGGAAAUAGGUCAAGGGCAGCUUUUACAUUCCACCCAAAAGGCACCACAGUUUGAGAUGAGGAAUUCAGAAGAGCAAGCAGCUACGACAGUUUUACAACGCCUGCUGCAGGAGCAGCUCAGAUACGGAAACCCAAAUGACAACCGUAACCUUCUUGCCUUACACCAGCAAGCCACAGGAAAUGCCCCCUCUUUCAACAGCACCGGGAGUCCAGCAUCUCAGAACGAAGGGCUGAGCUCCCAGGACCACCAGCUUGUGACUCAUGCUGCCCGUCAGGAGCCCCAGGGCCAGGAGAUACAGGUGGACAACAGCAUCAUGGAGAAGCAGCUCUCCCCGCGACUUCAGAACAGCGAGGAUCUCCCGACCUAUGAAGAAGCCAAAGUCCAGUCACAGUAUUUCAGGGGCCAGCCACAUGCUAGUGUUGGGGCAGCAUUUUAUGUAACGGGGGUCACCAACCAAAAAAUGAGGACUGAAGGGCGGCCCACGGUUCAGCGGGUGAGCCCAGGGAAGGUCCAUCAGGAUGAAGGACUUAAGGACCUCAAGCAAGGGCACGUCCGCUCCUUGAGCGAGAGGCUGAUGCAGCUGUCCUUGGCCACCAGUGGGGUCAAGGCCCACGCGCCUGUCACGAGCGCACCGCUCUCCCCCCUCUCUCCGCUCUCUCCCCAGCAGUCCAGUGAUCCUUACAAAAAUUCUGGCUCCAGUGAGUUCUACAAGAACUCAGUGCAGGCCCCUUCCCAGACCAACAUGAAAGGAAUGGAGCAGCGGGGUCCUCCUCCAGAAUAUCCUUACAAAAAUGUGUCCACCCCAUCUGUGAACUGCAAACCUCAGGACUCGGGACAUUUCUAUAGUGAUCACCGCAUGAGCCAGCAGGGAAGAUCUGAUGGGCCUAUGAUGAGGUAUCAACAUCCCCCUGAGUAUGGGUCGGUCAGACAGAACCCAGAUGUGCAGCUACAGUUACAACAGAGACCACCUCACCACCACAGCCCAACUUCUUCCUUGACAUCCCUGGGAUCUUUGACUUUGCUUCAGUCUCCACCACCAUCCAGGCUGUCCCCUUCCCAGCACCAGCAGCCUCUAACUCCAAGCCAGGGAGAUCCUGGCCUUCUGCCACGGACCCAGCAGCCAUUCUUGUCCAAUCAAGUCCAUCAGGGAGAUUUGUACCGACUAUGCCAGCCCUUCCUAGGCCCGCAGCAGCAGCAGCAAGGCGAUUCCUAUUCAGUAAUGUCCCGGGCUCAGCAGAUACCUUCUCCAUAUCAGCAGAUGCAAGUAGAUCCUUUUGCCAUAGUUUCCAGGGCCCAGCAGAUGGUGGAAAUCCUGUCAGAAGAGAAUCGGUCUUUACGGCAGGAGCUGGAUGGUUGCUAUGAGAAAGUAGCUCGGCUGCAGAAGCUGGAAACUGAAAUUCAGCAAGUUUCAGAGGCAUACAAAAACCUGGAGAAAUCAUCCUCUAAGCGGGAUGCCCUGGAAAAGGCUAUGAGAAACAAGCUGGAAGGAGAAAUCCGUAGGCUUCACGAUUUCAACAGGGAUCUACGAGAACGCAUGGAGACAGCCAACAAGCAGCUUGCUGAGAAGGAAUUUGAAGGCUCUGAAGACAAUCGGAAAACUAUCUCUCAGCUCUUUGCACAAAACAAGGAAACACAGCGGGAAAAAGAGAAACUGGAAAUAGAACUUGCUGCUGCUCGCUCCACCAACGAGGACCAACGGAGACACAUCGAGAUCCGAGACCAGGCCUUGAACAAUGCUCAGGCCAAGGUGGUGAAACUGGAGGAGGAGCUCAAAAAGAAGCAGGUCUAUGUUGAGAAGGUGGAGAAGAUGCAGCAGGCCUUGGUUCAGCUGCAGGCAGCAUGUGAGAAACGGGAGCAGCUGGAACACAGGCUGAGGACCCGGCUGGAGAGAGAACUGGAAUCUCUCCGAAUGCAGCAGCGUCAGGGUACAUCUCAGGCUGCCAACGUCUCAGAGUACAAUGCCACAGCCCUUAUGGAACUCCUGCGUGAGAAAGAAGAAAGGAUUCUUGCUCUGGAAGCUGACAUGACCAAGUGGGAACAGAAAUACCUGGAGGAGAGUGUGAUGAGACAGUUUGCUUUGGAUGCAGCUGCAACUGUGGCUGCUCAGAGGGACACAACAGUGAUCAACCACUCACCUAACCCUAGUUAUGACACCUCUCUGGAAGCUCGCAUUCAGAAGGAGGAGGAAGAAAUCUUGCUUGCCAACAGAAGAUGCCUCGACAUGGAGGGAAGGAUUAAGACUCUGCACGCUCAGAUCAUUGAGAAGGAUGCCAUGAUCAAAGUCCUGCAGCAGCGCUCCCGCAAGGAGCCUGGGAAGACAGACCAGCUCUCCUCCAUGAGACCUGCCAAGUCCCUGAUGUCCAUUUCAAAUGCCGGCUCAGGCUUGCUGUCCCACUCAUCAACGCUGAGCAGCACUCCCAUCCUGGAGGAGAAGAGGGAGGACAAGAGCUGGAAAGGCAGCCUAGGUGUUCUGCUGGGAACAGAAUAUCGCUCCGAAUCCAUUCCCUCCACCCCCUCUCCUGUCCUUCCUUCCACCCCAUUGCUGUCAGCUCACUCAAAAACAGGCAGCAGAGACUGCAGCACCCAGACUGACCGGGGGAGUGAACAAAGCAAAGCUGCACCUUCCACUGCAGCUCCCACACCAGGACGGCUUCCCAGUACCAAUCUGACCUACAGUGCAGACAAAACAGAUGGGUCGCUCUUCCACUCCAGCACUCUGGAAAGAAAAGCUCCUGUUCAGGCCAUGGGGCAGGAUCAACCAGAUGGAGAGAUGGUAGAAUACCUCAUCUGAAAGGCUGGACCAGGAUCUGAGCUGGGAUACAGUAGCAAGACAUUUUUUAAAAGAUAUUUUUACUGGGAAAAAAAUGUAGUACCUGAGUAAUAAAAGAACACUCAGCUGUUUGCUCUUGUA